CCGAUGAUGCUGGGUGUGUGGUCUCUGCUUCUCCUCUGGGGUCUGGUGACUCCGUGCCAGGGGCUGCUUGAGACAGUGGGCACGCUGGCUCGGAUUGACAAGGAUGAACUCGGCAAAGCCAUCCAGAAUUCACUGGUUGGGGGGCCUAUCCUGCAGAAUGUGCUGGGGACGGUCACAUCGGUGAACCAAGGCCUCCUGGGCUCGGGGGGCCUGCUCGGAGGAGGUGGCCUGCUGAGCUACGGAGGGGUUUUUGGCGUCGUCGAGGAGCUUUCUGGCCUGACGUUUGAGGAGGUCACACUGCCAAAGGUGUCUCUGAAGCUGCUGCCGGGGUUUGGGGUGCAGGUGACCCUGCACACCAAGGUGGGCCUGCAUGGCUCUGGGUGAGUGUGCCCCUGGGAACCUCUACCCUACUGCUCCCCACCCCAUCCCACUGCCCUACUAGGACUGGGCGUGAGCGCGCGAGGUACGCCCAUCCUCAUCCUCAAGCGCUGCAGCACGCUCCUGGGCCACAUCAGCGUGCUCUCGGGGGUUCUGCCUGCACCGCUCUUUGGGGUUGUGGAACAGACACUCUUCAAAGUGCUGCCAGGAUUGCUGUGCCCCGUGGUGGACAGUGUGCUGGGCGUGGUGAACGAGCUCCUGGGAACUGUGCUGAGCUUGGUGCCCCUUGGGGCUCUUGGGUCCGUGGAAUUCACUCUGGCCACACUGCCUCUCAUCUCAAACCAGUACAUAGAGCUGGACAUCAAUCCCAUCGUGAAGAGCAUAGCAGGUGACAUCAUCGACUUCCCCAAGCCCCACCACCCCAUCAAGGUGCCCCCCAAGGAGGACCACACAUCCCAGGUGACCGUGCCUCUGUACCUCUUCAACACUGUGUUUGAGCUUCUGCAGACCAAUGGUGCCCUUGACCUGGACAUCACCCCUGAGCUGGUUCCCAGCAAUGUCCCAUUGACAACUACAGACCUGGCAGCUUUGGCCCCUGAGGCCCUGAGGAAGUUGCCCCCUGGUCAGCAGCUCCUGCUCUCACUGCGGGUGAAAGAAGCACCCACAGUCACGCUCCAGAACAAGAAGGCCACGGUCUCCAUCCCAGCUGACAUCCAUGUGCUAUCCUACUUCCCUAAAGGGACCCCUGAAGCCCUCUUUGAGCUGAACGGGGUGAUGACUUUAAAUGCCCAGCUGGCUCCCUCAGCUACCAGGCUGCACCUCUCCCUGUCUCUGGAACGGCUCAGUGUCAAGCUGGCCUCCCCCUUCAGCCACGCCUUCGAUGCAUCCCGCUUAGAAGAAUGGCUCAGUGAUGUGGUCCGAGUGGCUUAUGUGCCGAAGCUCAACAUGAACCUGGAUGUUGGAAUUCCCCUGCCUAAGGUUCUCAAUGUCAAUUUUGCCAAUGCAGCCCUGGAGAUCAUAGAGAAUGCCGUUGUGCUGACUGUGGCAUCGUGAGGCUGACAGACGGCCGCCAUCCCUCCCUGUCGACUGCCAGAUUCCUGUCCACCUGCCCACUCUGCCUCAAUUUCCCUCCCAGGUCUAGCCUGUGUUGGUGACAGUUUAAGUGUCCCUUAUCCACCCAGGCCCACCCAGGUGCUCUGGCCCUGCAGCUCUGCCCCGAGUCUGGGGAGGGGACUGCAGGGUUAGCCAUGAAACUGCUUUGGAGAAAGCUCUGGGGCCUCCCUGGCAAGUCCUGAGCUCCCAAUA